CGGCGUGCUCCGCGCGGGGGGGGAGUGCGGAACUACCCGUCCCGGCAUGCUGCGGGGCGCGGCGGGCGGCCGGCGGCGCUCGGUGUCGCGGCGCUCGCGGGCCUCAUGGCGGCGCCGCCGCCGCCGGUCUAUGUGUACAGCGCCGAGUACGUGGCCCUCUGCGACUCCCUCUGCAAAGUGCCCAAGCGGGCCAGUAUGGUGCAUUCAUUGAUUGAAGCAUAUUCCUUACUCGACCAGAUGAAGAUAGUCAAGCCAAAGGUGGCUUCCAUGGAGGAGAUGGCAAGCUUCCACACAGACGCGUACCUGCAGCACCUACAGAAGGUCAGUGAGGAGGGAGAUGAUGACCAUCCAGAGUCCGUGGAGUAUGGACUUGGUUAUGACUGUCCAGCUACGGAAGGGAUCUUUGACUAUGCGGCAGCUGUGGGAGGAGCCACCAUCACUGCAGCCCAGUGUCUGCUGGACGGCAAGUGCAAGAUCCCAUGUGAAAUUGUUGCACCCAUGACGUCUUGUGGCAGAGUCCUGUGGUGUCAAGACGAAGCUUCUGGCUUCUGCUACCUGAACGAUGCUGUCUUGGGGAUCCUGCGGCUGCGCCAGAAGUUUGACCGCAUCCUUUAUAUUGACUUGGAUUUGCAUCAUGGGGAUGGUGUUGAAGAUGCCUUCAGUUUCACCUCAAAAGUCAUGACUGUUUCUCUGCACAAGUUUUCACCAGGAUUUUUUCCAGGCACUGGUGACGUGACAGAUGUUGGCCUGGGGAAAGGUCGCUAUUACAGCGUGAAUGUGCCUAUUCAAGAUGGCAUUCAGGAUGAGAAAUAUUACCAGAUCUGUGAAACGGUGUUGAAGGAGGUGUAUGCUGCGUUCAAUCCAGAUGCAGUUGUGCUGCAGCUGGGGGCAGACACAAUAGCCGGAGAUCCCAUGUGCUCUUUUAACAUGACGCCUGACGGAGUGGGCAAGUGCCUGAAAUACGUUCUGCAGUGGCAACUGGCAACUCUCAUCCUGGGAGGAGGAGGCUACAACCUUGCCAACACAGCUCGUUGCUGGACAUACUUGACUGGGGUCAUCCUUGGGAGAACGCUGUCCUCUGAGAUCCCCGAUCAUGAGUUUUUCACAGAGUAUGGUCCUGAUUACGUGUUGGAGAUCACACCAAGCUGCAGACCAGACCGCAAUGAGCCACAGAGAAUUCAAGAUAUCCUCAAUUCCAUCAAAGAGUUUGCAAGAGGUGGUGGAACAGGCUGGCCCAAUGGCAGUAUCCAGUGAACAUGUAUUUGUACAAAGCACUGGGGACACAUCUGCACUGUGCCUUGAGGAAAGGCUUCAGGGCUCACUGUCUCAGGAGGGUUGAGAGCAUUUCGUGAGAAAGGGGCUUCCAAAAAGUCAAAAAGAUAUUGCUGCCAGCUCAGCAGAUCAUCAUCCUGGGGACAGCCACUGCUCUAGAAAUCCAUUGUGCUGGAGAAAAAGAGGAACCGGGAGGCUGAUCGUGACACCAGCUUGAGGAGUAGAUGAUCAUCCCCUCUUCCUGUCACUAUGCAGCACUCAAAAUUAGGAACGUCUUGGAGUUCUGGGAUCUCCCGGUUUGUGGCUUGUGGUCAGUGCUUUGGAAUUAAAACUGCUCGGAGACAGCCGAGGGGAAGGAAGAGGACUUUGAGCUGCUCUGGCAAUUUUGUUCAUCUGUUCUGCCAGCACCAGCUCAUGAAGCCUGUCAAGGAAGGCAGGGAGUUACAGAAAAGAUGGCCAGUAAGAACAAGCAGAUACCUGGAAGCCCCCACCCUCUGCCUGGCCGUAUCUAGGUGGCUCUUGGGAAAGCAACAGGCAGCGAGUGGGACUCAGAUCAAAUGGACUGUUCUGCCAAGUCUGGUCUGCUCUGUAUGCCACGCUUUGUACUGCACAGGACGAGUCCUUGGGAAUGGACCAGUUUAAUAGGAGCCAUAUGCCCAAACUCUUUUAAGACCUUGUCUCACAGACAGCCUAAAUUAAAGCCAGUUUUUAUUGAAAUCUUCCCAGCACAAGGACUGCUGCCCACAGUAUGUCUGGUAGUGACUUGGGUUAUGCUUCUGUUGCUCGUUAAGAAGAUGGGUUUUUUUAAAGUAAAAUGUGGUUUGUAAAUAAAUGGCAUCACUGCAAAUAAACGGCAUCACUGCAAAUAAACA